GAAGAAGAGCUAACCGAAACGUCAAAGAAGACAUAAUGUCAACCCGUAGAGAGUUGUCUAGUUGUCAGCGGCCUUCGUUGUUUGUCAACUUUUAUCAAGGCGACUUCGUUGGCGUGUCGAGCGUUCGUUUUGCCUUGUUUGAUUUCAGUCAUCUCCAGAUUGCGAAUAUUCACAACAUUUGCUAUCAAAGCUAUCGUUAACCGCUACCCAUAUCAUUAUGGACCCAAUUGGACCAGGUCAGCUGAUACAAGUAGGCCUAGAUGCUAGGCUCUACCUAGGAAAUCAUGAACGUGCCUGGAAUGAUCCUCCAAAGUUUGCUUUUAAUUCUUCUGGGUCAAGUGGAAGUAUAAAUCCCUCCGGCAGACGACGUCUCUUGAAUAAAAGAGUACCAGUCCCAAUUGGUGCAUCACCUGGCACAUCACCACUACCUCCUCCUCCUCCAUUAAAACCAGGUGAUGGGCCACCAGUUGGGAGCCCACCAUUAGGUUCACCACAUAUUAAGCCUCCAACUGACAUGCAGCUAUCUGAAAGGACAGUCUUUUCGCCAAAAUCUCAUGGAUCAGUAGUCACAGAGAAUAGAAACCCUCGAGAUAAACUUCAAGAAGUAGAAACUUCUUUCACAAAUUCCCUUGAAAGAAUCUCAGAACAGUUAAAGGAUAAUGUGCGAGAAGAAAUUGUAAAACGAUUUGAUGUCAUGAAAACAAUGUGGUUAGAGGGGAAACUUAAUGAUGUGGUGCAGGACCGGUUGGUAACUUUAAGUAAAGCGUUAAAUGAGGAGAACUUUGAUGAAGCUUGGGCUGUUCACCAGGGCCUUAUUGUUGACUUUACCAGCAUGUGUUCACCUUGGAUGAUUGGCAUAAAAACACUAGUGGCAGAGAGUCGAAAUGAGAAACAGAAGUUAACCAGUUCUGACCAAUCAGACAAGUCAGGACAAACAUUUGAGGACUCUUCUGAGGUGCCCAUGGCUUUACCUCUAGGUAUAGGUAAAGUUUUGAUUCCUAAACAAGAGGAAUCAGAAGAUGAAGUAAAAUAGUAUUAUUCACAAUUUGUUACCUUGAUUGUUUUCUUGGAAUUUAAAUUGUUACUGAAGAGAUUUUAUAGUAUGGUAUUGCACAAUAAAGUAUUGAAAUAAA